AUGAAUAGAAAUCUACAUUCCCCGACAAAAUUGACGGAAUUUGCAAGAGAUUGGGAUGAUGAACCGGAGACAUUGCUUUCGAAAUUUGUCACAAAAAUAACCAAUGCCUACAAUGCCAGCUACAAUUCUGUCAAUGUAGUCCCAUCAACUUCAUCUGGAGACUCUCCUCGAAUUGUUCAUCAUCCUACAAUUGUCGAGGAGAGUUUUCAGGGUGCUUCAUCGGGUUCUUCUGUUUUGUCCCGAGAUUCAACACCUAGUGAGGUGACAGAGGCCUCCCAUGUCAGUACUCCCACGGAUUCAAUGUCAAUAGUUGAGAAAUAUGCAGAAGUUGCUGAAGUGCGAACACCCACGAGUAUUAUGCAGAGAAUUAGUAAUUUGGUGGCGUUCGGAAAUCGCGAUUUACAGAGUUAUCGUGAUACAGAAUUACAGAAAUUCUGGAUGCCCGAUUCCAAGUCUAAGGAAUGCUAUGAGUGUAGUUUGAAAUUUUCGGCAUUUCGUCGGAAGCAUCAUUGUCGACUCUGUGGGCAGAUUUUCUGCUCAAAGUGCUGCAGUCAAGUGGUCCCGGGGAAGAUUAUUAAGUGUUCAGAACCACUGAAAGUUUGUACGUAUUGCUCUAAAAUUGUUCUGAGAUAUCUAAAUUCGCCGGAAAUUCAGUUGGAUUUGAAAUCGGAUUUGCAAGCUUUGCAGGAUGAUUUGUCAAAUAAAUUGGCCACUGAGGGUCCUAAUGUUAGUAGUCCGGAUUUAUCUGUGAGUUCUCCGCUAAGGAGGAAAAUUUCUGUGGGGUAUCAAGAGGAGAAACUUGUGUCGUAUCCAAAUACAACACUCACGAGUGGUGACAGGAAGACAAUUCUGCAGCAAUUGACUUCUCUGCAGUCACUCAGUGAGGAUUUCACAAAGUGUCUUCCGGUGCACAAUCGUGGAGAGGAUUUGGUGAGGUAUUUAAUGGCUAAUCAGAAAUCUUCAGAUAGAAUGCAAGCUGUAGCUAUUCUCAAUGCAAUGAUCGAAGCUGGAUUCCUACUGGCGGUGCCACCGGGAAGUGAGGAAGCGGGAUUUGAAGAGGAUUGUUUGUACAAAAGUAUUCAAAAGAGUGAUAUUCCAAGUUACCAAACUUGCUCGAUUCAUGGGAAUCAGCAAAAUGUUGAAGUGAGCCUUGUGACAAGGCCAACAUUUGCUGAAGGGAACAUCUUUGGAGAUUUUCAGGAUAAUUCCAUUAGUUCCAUCAGGGAUUUUGAUUUGCAGAAUAAUCUGCUGUCAACGGCAGGAUCAAAGCCACUUCUUGAGGCAUUCUGUGCCCAUGAAGAACGUCUGCUGCAUCAAUUGCUUCGGAAUGAAAAUCUCGAUCCGGAAUGGUCAAAAAUUCUUAUACCUCUCUGUGCGAGGGUGUCAAAUACCAUCAAACCGGGACAAUAUGGAGCUGAUUUGAUGGAUAUCAGGAGUUUUGUGAACUUUAAGAAAGUGCCCGGGGGAAAAAGAACGGAAUCCCAGAUUAUUGGGGGCGUGGCUUUUACGAAGAAUGUUGCUCACAAGGAUAUGAUAACCAAAGUUGAGCGUCCCAGAAUCCUCUUACUCCAAUGUUCAAUUGUCUAUCAGAGAGUUGAGGGAAAGUUUGUGAGCCUAGAGACACUUCUGUUGCAAGAAGAGGAAUAUCUGCGCAAUGUAACAGCUAGGAUACGCAGUUUAGAACCCAAUGUGGUCCUGGUGCAUAAAAAUGUGGCAGGAAUAGCUCAGGAUAUGCUGAGAAAACGUGGUAUUACCCUGGUGUUGGAUGUGAAGUUGUCCGUGAUGGAGAGAUUAUCGAGAUAUCUCGAGUGUGACGUUGUAUCAUCCAUUGAUUCCAAUAUUGGACGUCCAACUUUGGGUGUUUGUGAUAUUUUCUGCAUUCGAACAUUCACAGAUGAGCAGGGUAUGACAAAAACUCUCAUGUUCUUUGAAACACCACCAUCUCCAAGGGGUUUCUGUGUCCUCCUGCGCGGUGGAACUAACGCUGAAUUGACAAAAGUUAAGAGAGUAGCUUCCUUUUUGCUCUAUGUCAGAUACAACUGGCGACUGGAGAUGUCUUUCCUUCUCGAUGAAUUUGCCAGACCACCAUCACCCAAACCCAGUAUUUUUGAUUCAAAAGAACAAUCUCCCAUUAAGCACACUGAAGAAGAAGAAGGCACCACAAAGAAAAAAUCCAUUCAAAGUCGUAUUGAAGAUAAAGCAAUUCACAAAGAAGAUGUUCCAGAUUGUUCAGAUCCACUGAGAGCAGCAACACUUCCAGCCGUGGACAGUGAACCAGAAGUGUCCGUUGUUGAACUUCAUGUUCAGACACUCUAUGACAACAAAUUCCGGACAGCUCUGAGUUCUACAGUCCUGUCAGUUUCUCCCUUUGUCUCCUUUCCACUGCCCUUCCUUGAGACAGAAAUGGGAAGAAAAUGCCACUUGAGAUCACGCUUCCCUAAUGAACUGUACUACUCAAAGCAAUUUUCCAGUCCAAUAGAAAGAUGCGCCAGUUUAGAGGAUCCCUCGAGGAAUGAGAUAAAGAAGGAUGUGGCAAUGGUAAAGGCUUCCCAUGAAUUUGUCAAUCACAAAAUCACAUCUUCAAUGGACAGUAAGGAAUUGCAAGGACUCCUAGCGAGUUUCCGAGCCACUGGAGGACGUUUGCUGAAAACCAGACAAAUGACCAGGAAACCAAAGUUGGAUGAGAAAGAUAAAACUUCAUCAUCUUUCACGGCCGUAAGUGAGGAGGACAGUCAAAAAUGCAUUGAUGCAUUUAUCUACAAAGAUGCUUUGGCCAUUGAGAAUCACCAGAGACUUCCGGUACUAUUUUGCAGUUACAAUUUCAAUCCCAAAUCCUCAUGCCAUCAGCCGACCUUCUGUGCCCAACCGUCCUUUCUCAAUAUGCAAUUUUAUGGGCAGAAUGACAUAAUGUUGGGACAUUUUCUAGAACGCUAUUGCUUCCGUAGCUCCUAUAUUUGUCCAUCGUGUAAUUGUCCAAUGAUGGAUCAUGUACGGAGGUAUGUUCAUUCAAUGGGAUGCAUUCAGGUGCAAUUGGCUGAGGAUCAGCAAAAGAGAAGUCCAGAAGCUGGGAAUAUAUUGAUUACUUCUUGGUGUUCAGUAUGCAAGGAAUCCACUCCGAAUGUUCCCAUGUCCAAUGAUACCCAUUGUCUGUCGUUUGCUAAAUAUCUGGAGCAGAGAUUCCAUGGUCAUGCGUAUAAGAGACGGGAAGUUAGUGUCCUGCAGGAUAGUACGGUGCAGGAUGAGGGAGAAAAAUGCAAUCAUUCCCUCCAUCGGCAACAUAUUCACUAUUUCAGUCACAAGGGAAUUAUUGCGAGUUUUAAGUAUAGUCCCAUUGAAGUGUGGGAGAUCUCCUUGCCACCAUUAGUUAUUCAGUUGCGUCGGGCUAAGCCAUAUGAUACCAAUAAGGUUUUGGAGGACAUUAAAAUGUUCGCUCAGAAGGGAUAUGAGGUCUAUGCGAAGAUCUAUGAUCGCUUAGCGCAGAUUUCAACCGAAGUGGAGUCUCCGAAGUUGAUAAGUUUAAAGAGUCUUGUCAAUAGGGAUCAGAUGAUCUUCAAGCAGCGCGUUGAAAUUGUUCAGACACUCCUUACGGAGCGUGAGGUGAAUUCUAGGGAUAUCAAUGAUGCAAUGUUGAUGGUUAAGAGAGCUCUGGCUGAGAGUAUUGAAGUUUGGGGUCCGCGUUUGCAUGAUGCAGAGACUCAGACAAAAAAUUCGUCCUCUGUGGAUUCUGGAGAUGUUGAGGAGGGCAGUGAGUCAGCUGAUGAUGUAGAGGAGAACAAUGGAAAGGGUGUAAGUCAAGCUGUUGAUGUGAUUCAGAGUGAGAAGAACAAUAAGGAUUUUUUCGAUAAGAAAACUGUCAAAAAUCUCCUAAGUCAGUUACUUCCAUCUUCUGGACAUGCCAAUACUCUUCCAUCACCUCUGCCUCUACAUGAACAUCAUACCCUUCCACUUGGAGCCUUUCCUAUUCUCGUACACGAUCAGGAUCUCAGUUCUAUCAUCUCCUACAGUCUCAUGUCCAAUGACUACAAGAAACAUCUGGAGAUUAUGGCAUCACCUCAAGCAAGUGGAUCAACUGAAGCUGGCAGUAGUCCAAGUGUCAAGAGGAAGAAUGAGAUGGGCGGAGAGAAGGAAGAUCGUGAAAAUGAAAAAGAGCAGGAUAAAAAAGGAAAAUCUUCUCAUCAUAUUGAACUUCAUUUUCAAGAUUCAACAACACAAUUUACCUGCAAAGUCUACUUUGCUCGAGAAUUUGAUUUAAUGCGCAAUAAAGUUCUCAUUCCACCACCCGGAAGAUUCCAAACUGAAAAGGAUUCCAAACAAACCGAAGAUGCUACAGAGGAAGCAUUCAAAAUGCCAAUUGAUCGUAUGGCCAGUAGUAGCAGCCUCGGUGGACAAUCACAAAAAGUUCCAGAGUAUCUAACCGCAGAAACUGAACGAGUGCGUCAAUCCUUUGCCAGAUCUCUCUGUCGAAGUAUUCAGUGGGAAGCCAAGGGGGGCAAAAGUGGUUCAAAGUUCUCAAAGACAACCGAUGAUCGUUUUGUCCUCAAAGAAAUGUCAAAGCAAGAUGUAGCCAUUUUUGAGAAUUUCGCACCAAAUUACUUUGAGUACAUCCAUGAUUGUCUGCAUCAUGAUAAGCCUACGCUACUGGCUAAAAUCCUCGGAGUCUUCAAGGUGAUCGUGAAGAAGAAGGAUUCAGAUCGCGAGAAAUCUGUGCUCGUGAUGGAGAAUCUCUUUUUCGAUCGUGAAAUCUCCAAUAAAUUCGAUCUCAAAGGAUCAGACAGAAAUCGUCUGGUGGAUCCUACAAAUCAGGAGGGAGAAAUUGUGCUGUUGGACCAGAAUCUCAUACAAAUGUCAUGGUCAAAUCCUUUGUACAUCUUAACGCACAGUCGAACAAUCCUACGGGAAGCCAUCCAUCGGGAUGCUUCUUUUCUCGAAAAGAACGACGUGAUGGAUUACUCCCUCCUUGUGGGUCUCGAUGGUCAAGAGAAGCUUCUGGUACUUGGAAUAAUUGACUAUAUUCGCACGUUCACGUUGGACAAACGUCUCGAAUCACUGGUGAAGCAGACUGGACUUUUGGGGGGUCAGGGAAAGUUGCCCACGGUCAUUUCACCGAAGCCCUACAAACAGCGCUUCAGUGAAGCCAUGGAACGAUAUUUCCUGGUGGUGCCGGAUCGAUGGGAGGGUCUGGCCAAGAAGUGAGGGAAGGGCUUUAUUCUAUUUUCACACACAUUUGCACAUUUCAAUAAAUUUUACAUGCAAA